AUGCAUGACUCACGGCCUUCAUUCGUCUUCUCAUCUGUGUGUAGAAACAUAGCAAAGCAGCCAUUCGUAGAGACAUUGCAGGACAACCCCAUUGAGAUGGACAUUCUCACCACCUCCCGACAUGACGCUGCUUUCAAUGACGGGCAUUUCCUUUUUAAACCCGGAGGGACGUCCCCUCUGUUUUGCACGACGUCGCCGGGGUACCCCCUGACCUCCAGCACUGUGUACUCGCCGCCCCCCAGGCCGCUGCCGCGAAGCACCUUCUCCAGACCCGCCUUUAACCUGAAGAAGCCGUAUAAAUACUGCAACUGGAAAUGCGCCGCCCUCAGCGCCAUCGUUAUCUCCGUCACACUGGUGAUCCUCCUGGCCUACUUCAUCGCCAUGCACUUCUUCGGCCUGAACUGGCACCUGCAGCCCACGGACGGCCACAUGUACGAGAUCGCGGAGGACAGAGGCAGCAAGUGGCCACCGCCGCCGACCGACGUCACGUUCUAUCCUCCCGGGGGGACGGGGCUAGAGAUCCCGGACAGGAAAGGCAAAGGAUCCAGUGAAGGAAAGCCCAGCAGCCUCUUCCCCGACGACAGCUUUAUUGACUCCGGAGAGCUGGACGUCGGCAGAAGGGCCACUCAGAAGAUCCCCCCUGGCAUAUUCUGGAGGUCUCAGGUCUUCAUAGAUCAUCCGGUACACAUCAAGUUCAACAUCUCCUUGGGGAAAGCGGCCCUUGUGGGUAUAUACGGCAGGAGAGGCCUCCCCCCAUCACACACUCAGUUUGAUUUUGUGGAAUUAUUGGAUGGAAGGCGUCUCCUCUCUCAGGAAGCUCGAGGCUUGGAAGGUCCCCAAAGGCUCCACCGAGGCGUAGCGCCCCUGACGACCCACGAGACGGGCUUCAUCCAGUACUUGGACUCUGGCAUCUGGCACCUGGCGUUCUACAACGAUGGAAAAGAGACGGAGACCGUGUCCUUCCUCACCACGACCAUCGAAUCGGUGGACGAUUGCCCCAGUAACUGCUACGGCAACGGCGAAUGCGUGUCCGGCAACUGCCACUGCUUCCUGGGCUUCCUCGGGCCGGACUGCGGGAGAGCGUCCUGCCCCGUGUUGUGCAGCGGGAACGGGCAGUACAUGAAAGGGCGCUGCUUGUGUCACAGCGGCUGGAAAGGCGUGGAGUGCGACGUUCCCACCAGCCAGUGCAUCGACACGGAGUGCAGCAGCCACGGAACCUGCAUUAUGGGGACCUGCAUCUGUAACCCGGGGUACAAAGGAGAAAACUGCGAGGAAGUGGACUGCAUGGACCCCACGUGUUCCAGCCGUGGCGUUUGCGUGCAAGGCGUGUGCCACUGUGCGGUCGGGUGGGGAGGAACAAGCUGCGAGAACCCGAGGGCCACCUGCUUAGACCAGUGCUCUGGACACGGCACCUUCCAGGCCGAGACCGGCGUCUGCAGCUGCGACCCCAACUGGAGCGGACAUGACUGCUCUGUCGAGAUCUGCGCGGCAGACUGCGGCGGGCACGGCACGUGUAUCGGAGGAAGCUGCCGGUGUGACGACGGCUGGAUGGGCGUGGCUUGCGAUCAGAGGGCGUGUCACCCUCGCUGUAACGAGCACGGCACGUGCCGGGACGGGAAGUGCGAGUGCAGCCCCGGCUGGAACGGAGAGCACUGCACUAUCGAGGGCUGCCCCGGCCUGUGUAACGGGAACGGCCGAUGUACCCUCGACACGAACGGGUGGCACUGCGUCUGCCAGCUGGGAUGGAGGGGGUCCGGGUGCGACACGUCCAUGGAGACCGCCUGCAGCGACAGCAAGGACAACGACUCGGACGGCCUGGUGGAUUGUAUGGAUCCUGACUGCUGUUUGCAACCUUCAUGCCAAACCAGCUCCCUGUGCCUGGGCUCCCCGGAUCCGCUCGACAUCAUCCAGGAGACCCAAGUGCCGGCGUCGCAUCAGAACCUGCACUCCUUCUACAGCCGCAUCCAGUUCCUGGUCGGGAAGGACAGCACCCACUUCAUCCCCGGAGACAAUCCCUUCGAUGGAGGGCAUGCUUGUGUCAUACGUGGUCAGGUGAUGACAUCAGACGGCACACCGCUAGUGGGCGUAAACAUCAGUUUUGUGGGCGCUCCUCUCCUGGGCUACACGAUCAGCAGACAAGAUGGAAGCUUUGAUCUGGUUACAAAUGGUGGCAUAUCCAUUACCCUGCGCUUCGAGCGGGCUCCGUUUAUUACUCAAGAACAUACUCUCUGGUUGCCAUGGGAUCGCUUCUUCGUCAUGGAAACCAUAACAAUGCGGCACGAGGAGAACGAGAUCCCCAGCUGUGACCUGAGCAGCUUUGCCCGUCCUAACCCGGUGCUCUCCCCGGCCCCUCUCACCGCGUUCGCCGGCUCCUGCCCCCACAAAGGGCCCAUCGUCCCCGAAAUACAGGCUCUGCAGGAGGAGAUCCGCAUUCCAGGAAGUAAAAUAAAACUGAGUUAUCUGAGCACUCGGACCGCCGGCUACAAAUCCGUCCUGCGCAUCAGCCUCACGCACUCCACCAUCCCCUUCAACCUCAUGAAAGUGCAUCUCAUGGUGGCCGUCGAGGGCCGGCUCUUCAGGAAGUCGUUUUCCUCCGCUCCGGACCUCUCCUACUUCUUCAUCUGGGACAAGACCGACGUGUACAGCCAGAAAGUUUACGGCUUGUCCGAGGCGUUUGUCUCGGUGGGAUAUGAAUACGAGUCGUGCCCGGACCGCAUCCUGUGGGAGAAGAGGACGGCCGUGCUGCAGGGGUACGAGAUCGAGGCCUCCAAGCUGGGAGGAUGGUCUCUGGACAAGCAUCACGCGCUGAACAUCCAGACGGGCAUUUUGCACAAAGGGAACGGCGAGAACCAGUUCAUCUCCCAGCAGCCACCAGUAAUCGGCAGCAUCAUGGGUAACGGGCGCAGACGGAGCAUCUCCUGCCCCAGCUGCAACGGCCUGGCCGACGGAAACAAGCUGCUGGCGCCCGUCGCGCUGACCUGCGGCCCGGACGGGAGUCUUUACGUUGGAGAUUUCAACUACAUCCGAAGAAUCUUCCCCUCCGGCAACGUCACCAACGUCCUGGAGUUAAGAAAUAAAGAAUUCCGGCACAGCCACAGCCCGGCCCAUAAAUAUUACUUGGCCACGGACCCCGUCACGGGUGCCAUAUUGCUCUCGGACACCAACAGCCGCCGGGUCUACAGAAUCAAGUCGACGGCGGCUAUAAAGGACGUCGUGAAGAAUUCCGAGGUGUUGGCCGGGACCGGAGAUCAGUGCCUCCCGUUCGACGACACGCGAUGCGGGGAUGGCGGAAAAGCCGUGGAGGCCACGCUCAACAAUCCUAGAGGCAUCACGGUGGACAAAUACGGAUUGAUCUACUUCGUCGACGGAACGAUGAUCCGGAGGAUCGACCAAAACGGCAUCAUCUCCACUCUGCUCGGCUCCAACGACCUGACCUCGGCGAGACCGCUGAGCUGCGACUCGGUGAUGGACGUGUCUCAGGUCCGCUUGGAAUGGCCGACAGACCUGGCCGUGAACCCCAUGGAUAAUUCUCUCUACGUCCUCGACAAUAAUGUCGUGCUGCAGAUAUCGGAGAACCACCAGGUGCGCAUCGUGGCCGGCAGACCCAUGCACUGCCAGGUGCCGGGCAUCGACCACUACCUCCUCAGCAGGGUGGCCGUCCACGCCACGCUGGAAGCCGCCACCGCCCUGGCCGUGUCCCACAACGGCAUCUUAUACAUCGCCGAGACGGACGACAAGAAGAUCAACCGCAUCCGGCAGGUGAGCACCAACGGGGAGAUCUCGCUGGUGGCCGGAGCGCCGAGCGGCUGCGACUGCAAGAACGACGCCAACUGCGAGUGCUUCUCCGGGGACGACGGCUACGCCAAGGACGCCAAGCUCAACUCGCCGUCAUCGCUGGCCGUGUGCGCAGACGGCGACUUGUACGCGGCGGACCUCGGAAACAUCCGGAUCCGCUUCAUCCGCGCCAACAAACCCUUCCUGAACGGCCAGAACCUGUACGAGGUUUCUUCGCCCAUCGACCAGGAGCUGUACCUCUUCGACACCACCGGCCGCCACCUUUACACCCAAAGCCUCACCACCGGCGACUACCGGUACAACUUCACCUACACCGGCGAGGGCGACCUCACGCUCGUCACCGACAACAACGGGAACACGCUGAACGUGAGGAGGGACUCCACCGGCAUGCCGCUCUGGCUGGUGGUCCCCGACGGGCAGGUCUUCUGGCUGACCAUAGGAACCAACAGCGCUUUGAAGAGCGUCUCCGCGCAGGGCCACGAGCUGGCCAUGAUAACGUACCACGGAAACUCCGGCCUGCUCGCCACCAAGAGCAACGAGAACGGCUGGACCACCUUCUACGAGUACGAUGGCUUCGGGCGUCUCACCAACGUUACCUUCCCGACGGGGCAGGUGAGCAGCUUCCGCAGCGACACCGACAGCUCCGCGCACGUCCAGAUCGAAACCUCAAACAAGGAGAACGUCGUCAUCACCACCAACCUCUCUGCCUCCGGGGCCUUCUAUACCCUGCUGCAAGACCAGGUCCGGAACAGCUACUACAUCGGUGCCGACGGGUCUCUGCGGCUGAUCCUGGCCAACGGGAUGGAGGUGGCUUUGCAGACAGAACCUCACCUCCUGGCCGGCACUGUGAACCCCACCGUGGGCAAAAGGAACGUCACCCUCCCCAUCGACAACGGCUUGAACCUGGUGGAGUGGAGGCAGCGCAAGGAGCAGGCCCGGGGGCAGGUCACCGUGUUCGGGCGCCGACUCCGGGUUCACAACCGGAACUUGCUGUCUCUCGAUUUCGACCGCGUCACGAGGACGGAAAAGAUCUACGACGACCAUCGGAAGUUCACCCUGAGAAUCCUGUACGAUCAAGCCGGAAGACCCACCCUUUGGUCCCCGAGCAGCCGUCUGAACGGGGUCAACGUUACCUACUCCCCCGGGGGGCACAUCGCCGGGAUUCAGCGAGGAACCAUGUCCGAACGCAUGGAGUACGACCCAGCCGGCAGGAUAACGUCUAGGACUUUUGCCGAUGGGAAAUCAUGGAGCUACACCUAUCUGGAAAAGUCGAUGGUCUUGCUUCUUCACAGCCAGAGGCAGUACAUCUUCGAGUUCGACAAGAAUGACCGCCUCUCUUCGGUGACGAUGCCCAACGUCGCCCGGCAAACCAUGGAGACCGUCCGCUCCAUCGGGUACUACAGAAAUAUCUACCGGCCUCCGGAGGGCAAUGCGUCCGUCAUUCAGGACUUCUCAGAAGAAGGGCAGCUCCUUCAGACGCUCUACCAAGGAACGGGGAGACGGGUGGUGUACAAAUACGGCAAGCUGUCCAAGUUGUCCGAGAUCAUGUACGACACCACCAAGAUAGCCUUCAGCUACGACGAAACCGCUGGCAUGCUGAAGACCGUUAACUUGCAAAACGAAGGGUUCACGUGCACCAUCCGUUACCGGCAGAUAGGUCCUCUCAUAGACCGGCAGAUAUUCCGGUUUACGGAGGAAGGCAUGGUCAAUGCCCGCUUCGACUAUAACUACGACAACAGUUUCCGUGUCACCAGCAUGCAGGCCGUCAUUAACGAGACCCCGCUGCCGAUCGACCUGUACAGGUACGAUGAUGUCUCGGGGAAGACCGAGCAGUUCGGUAAAUUCGGAGUCAUCUAUUACGACAUAAAUCAGAUCAUCACCACGGCCGUCAUGACCCACACGAAGCACUUUGACACCUAUGGCCGGGUGAAAGAGGUGCAGUACGAAAUCUUCAGGUCCCUGAUGUACUGGAUGACCGUGCAGUACGACAACAUGGGGAGAGUGGUGAAGAAGGAGUUAAAAGUUGGCCCCUACGCAAAUACCACAAGGUACUCGUACGACUAUGACCCCGACGGCCAGUUACAGACCGUGUCCAUCAACGACAAGCCGCUGUGGAGGUACAGCUAUGACCUGAAUGGGAAUUUGCACUUGCUGAGCCCCGGGAACAGCGCCCGUCUCACGCCGCUGAGGUACGAUUUGAGGGACCGGAUAACAAGGCUGGGGGAAGUCCAGUAUAAGAUGGACGAAGACGGGUUCUUGCGGCAGAGGGGGGGCGACGUCUUUGAGUACAACUCUGCCGGUCUUCUGGUGAAAGCGUAUAGCAGAGUUGGCGGCUGGAGCGUGAAAUACCGUUACGACGGGCUCGGAAGGAGGGUCUCGCGGAAGACCAGCUCCGGUCAGCAUCUACAGUUCUUCUAUGCAGACCUUGCCAACCCCACGAGGGUCACCCAUUUCUACAACCAUUCGAGCUCGGAGAUCGCCUCCCUUUAUUACGACCUUCAAGGUCACCUCUUCGCCAUGGAGCUGAGCAGCGGCGACGAGUUUUACAUCGCCUGCGACAAUAUAGGGACCCCGCUGGCGGUCUUUAGCGGAACCGGGUUAAUGAUCAAACAGAUUCUAUACACGGCCUACGGAGAGAUCUACCUAGACUCCAACCCCGGCUUUCAGAUCAUCAUCGGCUACCACGGCGGCCUGUACGACCCUCUCACCAAACUCAUCCACAUGGGCCGACGGGAAUACGACGUGCUGGCGGGCCGCUGGACCAGCCCCGACCACGACGUCUGGAAGCGCCUGAGCUCAACCAACGUCAUGCCCUUCAACCUCUACAUGUUUAAGAACAACAACCCGGUGAGCGGCUCCCAGGAUACAAAGUGUUACAUGACAGACGUGAACAGCUGGCUGCUGACUUUCGGGUUCCAGCUGCACAACGUGAUCCCCGGUUACCCUAAACCCGACAUAGACGCCAUGGAGCCGUCCUACGAACUCAUCAACACCCAGAUGAAAACCCAGGAGUGGGACAACACCAAGUCCAUCCUCGGAGUCCAGUGCGAGGUGCAGAAGCAGCUGAAGGCGUUCGUCACGCUGGAGCGCUUCGAUCAGAUCUUCAGCUCCACCAUUGCCGGCUGCCAACCGGAAAAGGAGAGCAAGAGCUUCGCGUCCUACGGCUCCAUCUUCGGAAAGGGCGUGAAAUUCGCGCUGAAGGACGGCCGAGUCGCCACGGACAUCAUUAGCGUCGCCAACGAGGACGGAAGGAGGAUCGCGGCCAUUUUGAACAAUGCCCAGUAUUUAGACAACCUCCAUUUCACCGUCGACGGGGUGGACACCCAUUACUUCGUCAAGCAGGGGCCUUCCGAGAACGACCUGUCCAUCCUCGGCCUCAGCGGCGGCCGACGUACCCUGGAGAACGGGGUAAACGUCACGGUGUCCCAGAUCAACACCGUUCUUGGCGCGAGGACUAGACGCUACACGGACAUACAACUCCAGUACGGCACCCUGUGCCUGAACACACGCUACGGGACCACGCUGGACGAGGAGAAGGUCCACGUGCUGGAACUCGCCCGGCAACGGGCCGUCUCGCAAGCGUGGCAGAAAGAACAGCAGAGACUCCGGGAAGGGGAAGAGGGCGUCCGCUUAUGGACAGACGGCGAAAAGCAGCAGCUGCUGAGCACGGGCCGGGUGCAGGGCUACGACGGAUACUUUGUCAUCUCUGUGGAGCAAUACCCAGAACUCUCAGACAGCGCCAACAACAUCCACUUCAUGAGACAGAGCGAAAUGGGCAGAAGGUGACACCGUGGACUUGUUGUUGACUUCUUGCCAAAGACAGCUGCUGUUGUGGCCACGUACCUGAACUGUGUUGGAUAUUUUUUUAUUUUUUAAUUUAAUUUUAGUUGUUUUUUUGGGUUUUUUCGACGUGAGCUCCGUUGCACUGAUAUUCGUGCGGCGCUUUUGUUUGGCCUUCACGCCUAUCGCAGUGGACACCGGGUAUUUGGCCGUUCCGUGGUCACA